GUGCGACCAAGUCGUGGACGCGCGGGAGCAGAAGGCUUAGCAGAGAGAGAGCCUUCCUUGGCUGGGACUUAAGUUAAGGGUGUGUGCUAAUUAGAUACGCAUGUAUGUGCGUACGGAUAACUACUAACUACUCUGUGGCUUUUGAUCAUCUCUUUUUUUGGCCCGGUUAUCUAUAGAGCAGACGCAGCUUUACUUUUGCUCCUUUUCUCUCUUUUUUUUUUUCUUUUUUUUCUCUUUUUUCUUCUCUUUUUUCCUUUUUUCUCUCUCCUCAAUUUGACAACCCACUGCAUCUCAGACCUUUCUAAGCGGCACAGCUUCCUGAGAGAUUCCUCGGGUCGUGGCCUAAGGCCCCGUGUCUCAGCCAGCCAGCCAACACCGCUUCUUCCUUCCAGUUGCGGCACCGACAACCAUCGUUCGCUUGAAUCUCGGUUUUUCCAGCCCAUUGACGGAUAUCUCACUCCACAGUAGCUAUCUGCCUUGGCAUAGAUGCUCUACCAGUCCCACGACUAUAGUACUACAACAUUGCCUUAACACGUUCGCGUGCUCGACCAUCAUCUCACUCGCAAGCCCUCAACAUGGUCCGCCUAUCGUAUUGGGUGACCCCCAUCCUCGGCGGCAUCGUCUGGCUGGCUACCCUCCUCGCCCUCCUCCUCUACUGGAUCGUCCACGAGCACAGGGUUCACUAUUCCUCCAUGGAGCCCGCCCAGACCAUCGCCUACAUCAGCGAUGUGGGUGCCUCCGACCUCAAGCCGCUCUUCAUCGUCGGCUGCGUCCUCACCACCGUCCUGCUCGACCUCUCCUUUGCCGCAGACCGCUGGCUGCGCCAUAGGGGCCGCCUGGCCCCCAACACCAGGACCCGUGAGAAGGUGCUGUCGGGCCUGACCAUCGUCUUUGCCAUCGUCGGCACCGCCGGCUUGAUUCUGUUGAGCAUCUUCGACACUGCCCGCCAUCCGACCCUGCACGACAUUUUUCUCUUCUUGUUUAUCGUUGGAUACGUCCUGUCGGCCAUUUUCAUCUGCUGGGAGUACUGGCACCUCGGAAGGACCCACCGCGAGACCCGCAUCCUCCGCCUCUCCUUCUACAUCAAGCUCGUCUUCAUCGUCGUCGAGGUCGUCCUCGCCGUCGCCUUCAUCGCCCUCUCCCGGACCGGCCACUACAACUCGGCCGCCGUGCUCGAGUGGAUCAUCGCCUUCGUCUUCGCCGCCUACAUCUUCUCCUUCUACGUCGACCUCUAUCCGGCCGCCAAGACCAAGCAGCAGCAGCAGCAGCAGCAGCAGCUGGAUGAGAUCACCGCCCGGAACGGCCACGGCAAGGCGCUCCAGAUGCGCCUCACCCGCGGCAGGGAGCCCGCGCUCGCGCACCCCCCGCAGGCCGGCUCGUCGCGCUACGACGCCUCGAGCGACAUGGAGAUGUGCGCCAGCGAGGGCACCCUGGGCACGGCGCCCACCGCCUCCUUCGAGGCGUCGAGGGCCGCGCACGGCCGCAGGUCCGGGUCCCGGAGCCGAGUCAUGGCGAGGAACUUUUAGGUUCGGGUUUUCCGUGCUAAAAAAAAGAGGUCGCCGGAGGGGAGGGCUUAGGAAGGUGUAUUGACAAAGUUGCUUCGCAUCGGGAUAUCAUACGGUUGGCACCUGCAUCUGCACCGCGUAGUUAUAUUAAGAUAC